AUGAGUCGCAUACGGCUUCAAAUCUGUGUCCUGCCCUGGGAGCAGCCACGCCCGUCACCCUUCAGUAGUGCUGAAACGCGUCAAGAGACUGUAAAGUGGUGCGAACCAUGCACUGAAAACACUCCGAUGCAGGAGGUCUGCGAUAAAAUCUACAUUUCAUGGGGAAGGAUGUUCGAGGGUUCCAUGGGGCCAUUGAAUAUUCGAUAUCUCAAGACUGCCUACGGCGAUUUUGUGGAUCUGGAGCAGCGAAUCGUUGGCGACCUCUUUGACGAUAGAGGAAAUGACGGCAAUAUCCGAAAUUCGAUCCUGGAGGUCCACAGGUAUCCACCCCAGUCAGUCGAACUCGGUACUCUACAACGCUUUACCUCGCUGGCCCCAGAUUCAUCCGCAAGACCGCACAAACGGCCUUUUGAACAAUCUUCACUGUCCUACCCUUCACAGCACUCACGAAACAUACAUCGUGAAAUACCAAGUAUCGAAGAGUCGGAUGCUGAGCCCGAUAGGCCGUUCGGGACAGCAACCAAGCGGCAGCGCACGUACGAAUCAAGGCUUAACAGGACAUCCGCUGCCCACCAGCCGUUGAGAAUGGGCGAGGGACAGCGGGAUGGGCUGUAUCACUCAUCUCAGACUUCCGGGACGCAGGAAUCGAUUCAUCAGGUCCUUGACUCGCAGAUAUCGCCUGGAAAGAAGCAUUUAAACCCGUACGGUACCCCAACGUCCCUUACCCUUGUCGGUCCACAAGAGUCUAUCCCUGGCAAUGAGGUCGACCUCGCCGCGAUACCGGACUCACCACUUGGCAGAGAAACAACAGCGGUCGGCAGAGCUUUUGGAGGAGCUAUGCAACUCGAUCGUGAGAGCACAAAAUCAGAAUCACCAGAGCUCAGAGCGUCGGUUCAUGAAGUACCACCCGCGGGCACAAUCAAUGCAUCUGGCGAACAGCCUACUACCAGUGCAAAUCCGCCAGAACCUUCAACGACCCCCUUCAUCUUCAGCUCGGCAUUGCAACCAGUAUCAAUUCCGCAGAUUGUCGACGAGUAUGCGAAGAACCAUGGUAUCGGUGUAAGGCAAAUAGGGGAGAAGGCAGCCAACGUCAAUCAAACCCCUAGGCACCUACGCUCGACAGCAGAACCAGAACACGCACAAAACGUCGGGAGCAGCAGUAGAACUUUGCGCAGCUCAGAUCCCAUCUUUGACCCUAUCGAAUCAGACACUGAGAGCUUUCAUGAAAAACAGCAAAUGCAAAGUGCGAAGCGCCUCAAAUCCAGCAAAACGACUGCCGCAAGCUUCACAUCGCCUAAGGAAUCGGACGAAGCAGGAGCAGAUCGCAGAGACGGCCAGUUCCUCGUGCCCACUUUUCCGCAAUCGCGUAAGAAUGGGGCUUCCAUAUCCCUAAGUGAAGUCACCAGCCCAGCACAGUGCGAGAAAAUCCAAAAGCCAAGACGAGACCCCAGGGAUGAAAACAUGAGCGAUCAGAAUGUUCCGAAGCGGCAUGGCAAACAUGAUGCCGAGCCUCUUGAGCACGCACAGUCUGAGCCUUACGAUAAUGACCGAACAAACUUAGAUCGAGAAACACCGAAAGAAACUACUGUUCAUAAUGACCUUGUGGAUGCGACCCAGACCUCAUCUCAAGCUAACACUGCCUGGUCGCAAGAUUCCAAUAAGUCUGCCAAUGGCACAGCAGAAUCAAUUGUCCAGCAAAGAGGCAAUCACGUAUCAAGCCAGGGGCAGAAACCAGAUGAAACAGUGUGCUUAGAUCAUGAUGCCAAUGGUGUAGUUCGCAAUCCGGGUGACAAUCGCUUCGCUCGAGAAGCAGAACGACUGGCUGAAGAAGCCGAAGAACUACAGGAGAAGAAGAGAAUUAGAGAAAAGAAAGAUGAAGAGAAGAAACUAGCCCGAGAUACCUUGGAAAAGGAAAACGUGGCAAAGAAGGAGGUAGCCGAGCGCAGAGCCAACGAGGAAAGACUAGCAGACGUAAGAGAAGCAAAAGAAAAGAAAGCCAGAGCUGAAGAGUCAGCGCAGGCAAAGAAGGCAAAGGCAAAAGAGGAAGAGCUUGCGGAGGCCCAGCGCAUUGAGGAGAAAAGGGUGAACGCAGCGCGACUAGCAGAAGAAAAGAAGAUCACCGAGAAGCUGGCUCGCGAACGGCAAACCAAGGAGACGGCGUUAGCAGAAGAAGCUAACAAAAAACAAGCUGAUGAGGCAAAAGCCGACGAGAAAACCAGAGAAGCGCAAGGCAAGAACCGUGAGAAGAAAGCUCGCGAAGAACAGCGUGCACGAGAGAACCCCCAAAAGCCCGCAGACAUCGAUUCCAAAGACACCAAGCAUCGAGCCCAUCGAGCCGGGACAGCGCAAGAGACGACGACGGCGUUGAGGGAGCAAGGUUUAAAAAAAUUAGCAGACGGAGACGUGCAGACGCUGAGAGAUUCUCCGGAGAUGCGAAGUCGAGCUUCAACAGAUCCUUCAGCAUCCUCCAAUAUUGCAGGUCGAAAGCGGUCUAUGACGCCGGUCAUACCCGGAUGUUCUGUCACCAAAUCUUCUCCAUACGAGGGUUCCUUGAGGUCAAGUCCUUCAAGCAGCCGAUCUUCAGGGAACAUGGAUGCGCCACUUCGAAGUGCCCUUCGACACACUCCAAGUGCGCUGCGUCGGUCUGUGUCUUCUGUAUCUUUCGACGUGCCGCCACGGGCCAAGCUCAAUGAGUACAUUCCUCCGACCUCGAAGUCCAGGUCUCUCAAAGGAAUCAACAACGAGCUUGCCACCAAGUCAUCAUCCGCAACAAAUCCUCCGAAGAAUCCUUCCAGAACAGCAUCCAUCGCGCCUUCGGAAACGCCCAUGAAAUCUCUCAUUCCCAAGAAAUCAUCGGACAGCAAAAUCACGAAAAUUCCUGCCAAGAAUGGGAAGGUCCAGACGAAGCUCAAUGUGACCAGAGAGGUGAAGAAGAAGAAGGGUCGUGCCGUUGAUCCUCCAAUUAUGUCCAAGCGGGCGCCAGAGAAGGAGAUAGUUCUUUCAUCUGGCGAAGAUACAAGCACCUCAGAGGAACCAGUGUGGCAGACCGGCAAUGCCGAAGCUGGGCCGAGUGCAAGGAAGCCCAUCUUCCCCGUCACAACUUCUCAAGAAAAGAAGACUGCGGAAGUGAAAUCUUCAGGUGUAGCUUUAGACCCUGUUCUCCGCAACAUCAGAGUCGAAAAGCACAGAACAGCAGCUCCAGCUACUCUCCCUCGCUCCACAUCUAAAUUGAACACCACGUCUCUGCAGAAAUCAACCUCUCGAUCCCCGGCCCUGGCUUUGUCCGAAACGUUGUCGUUGAGCUCUGGUUCCGCUUCCAGUAUAGCUUCGGAUUCAGAGUUGGAGUCUGACGCAUGGGUACAACUCCAAGCGUCAUCAUCUAAGACGCCGACUGGGGCAAAGAAUGGCAAGCUGGCACCUGUCACUGUGGAGGGGUCCAGCAAGGCCGUCAAUGUCGGGGUAAAACAACCGGAAGGCUACUUACAAAGCAAAGCGUCUUCGCAGUCAAGCCAAGCCUUGUCUACUUGCUCACGCAGCGCUAUCUCAAUGCAUGGUGAUGGCAAGCACGUCGAUCAAGCGGCGGAUAAACAGUUGCAGCUCGAGUCUCAGCAAUCGAUACCAAGACCUCGCGUUAAACAGUCUUCUUCAACCACCAACGGCGGUGCAGAUGGCAAGGUCAUCAAUCAAGGGCUAGACCAUGCCGGACGCCUUCCUAACGGUAUCCGCCCUGCCUACUACAAGUAUCCUCGUCUCUCGGAGCUCCAGAAAGUCCCUCAAGCAGUCACACCAGGGGUGAAUCCGAAAUUGGACACUUCCUCAUCGCAGCCACUUAGCGCUUCGCCUGUAGGAAAGUCUGGAUCUGACAAGUCAAGCAGCGAUAGCGAUGAUAGCAGCAGCAGUUCAGACGAGGACGAGGAUGUCGAUGAGCCACCCAGUCAGGCUAGCUCCAACAAGAAGUUCCGUCCUUACCCGGGUAUGGGAGGAGUGAUGAAGCUCGCAAAUGCGGUUCGAUCCAACAGUGCUCAGGAAGAAAGUGUCUGCUUCCUUACAUCGAGUUUGGUCGAGGUCGUUGUACCUGUUACCACCUCCUUACCUUCAGGUAGUAUCACAACUGCGAUUGGCUCGAAUGCCGGGCUCGGCAGUUCUGUCUCACCUACCUUAACAGAUUUAAGCUCAGGUAUAGCAUCCUCUGUCCCAAUACUAACAUCUCCAAGUUCGACGAACAGCCUUACAGCUACUGCUAGCUCCACCAAUAGUCUAGUAUCUAUCCCCAGUCGAAUCGCCAUAGCAGGGGCAACGUACGUGUACGUGGGAUGUUUUGAAGGCCAGUACAUACAGCCCGUCGCUGCCAGCUAUACCGUUGGAGAUGUAGACCAGUGUGGACUGCUCUGUCUGGGCUCGACCUACUUCUCAUUGGAAUCUGGCGUUGACUGCACAUGCGGAGAUUCCAUUGUAGCAGCUCCGGCGCGCGGAGCCGACAGCGUGUGCAAUGUACCCUGCAAAGACGAUCAGGACGAAUUUUGCGGCGGUCUGAAAAUGUUGAAACGCGCUCAGAAAGCCUUAGCAGCGUAUUCCUCCUCCACCUCCACCUCUAGCACUUCUACGGCCACAACGCAAAGAUUGUCCAACGUGGUAGCUUCGUUAGCUUCUGUUACUGGGGCCAUCAGUUUGUCUUCACGUCAAUCUUUCUCCCACUACGCCAACACGACAAGCUCCACACCUGCCAGCUCCCAGUCGGUGACCGCAUCGAGCACCAGUUCCCUACCCUACGGAUGCACUGAUCUUGCUUGUGUGUCUGAGUCCAAUGCAGGACGGGCCGGGGCCGGCACCGCCUCUACUAGUUCUUUGCCAUUUGGUUGCGGUAGUAUCCUACCUACAAAUCUUCUACCUACAGACAUCCUACCUACCGAUAUCCUCCCUACAGGCAUCCUACCUACAAAUCUUCUACCUACGAAUCUUCUACCUACAGACAUCCUACCUACCGAUAUCCUCCCUACCAAUAUCCUCCCUACCGAUAUUCUCCCCACCGAUAUCCUCCCUACAGGCAUCCUACCUACCGAUAUUCUCCCUACCAAUAUCCUCCCUACAGGCAUCCUACCUACAAAUCUUCUACCUACAAAUCUUCUACCUACAAAUCUUCUACCUACCGAUAUCCUCCCUACAGGUAUCCUACCUACCGAUAUUCUCCCCACCGAUAUUCUCCCCACCAAUAUCCUCCCUACAGGCAUCCUGCCUACAGACAUCCUACCUACCGAUAUCCUCCCUACCAAUAUCCUCCCUACCGAUAUUCUCCCCACCGAUAUCCUCCCUACAGGCAUCCUCCCUACCGAUAUUCUCCCUACAGGCAUCCUACCUACAGACAUUCUACCUACCGAUAUCCUCCCUACAGGUAUCCUACCUACCGAUAUUCUCCCCACCGAUAUUCUCCCCACCAAUAUCCUCCCUACGGGCAUCCUGCCUACAGACAUCCUACCUACCGAUAUCCUCCCUACCAAUAUCCUCCCUACCGAUAUUCUCCCCACCGAUAUCCUCCCUACAGGCAUCCUGCCUACAGACAUUCUACCUACCGAUAUCCUCCCUACAGGCAUCCUACCUACCGAUAUUCUCCCCACCGAUAUCCUCCCUACAGGCAUCCUGCCUACAGACAUUCUACCUACCGAUAUCCUCCCUACAGGCAUCCUACCUACCGAUAUUCUCCCUACCGGUAUUCUCCCCACCGAUAUCCUCCCUACAGGCAUCCUACCUACCAAUAUUCUCCCUACCGAUAUCCUCCCUACAGGCAUCCUACCUACCGAUAUUCUCCCUACCGGUAUUCUCCCCACCGAUAUCCUCCCUACAGGCAUCCUACCUACCAAUAUUCUCCCUACCGAUAUCCUACCUACCGAUAUCCUCCCUACCAAUAUUCUCCCCACCGAUAUCCUCCCCACCGAUAUCCUGCCUACAGAUAUCCUACCUACGAAUAUCCUCCCUACAAAUAUCCUACCUACCGAUAUCCUCCCUACGCUUGCAAUUCCUACAGUACUACCUACCGAUAUCCUCCCUACAGAUAUCUUACCUACCAAUAUUCUCCCUACCGAUAUCGUCCCUACAAAUAUCCUGCCUACCGAUAUCGUUCCUACAGAUAUCCUGCCUACCAAUGUCCUCCCUACAGGUAUCCUGCCUACCGAUAUUCUACCUACAGUGGCAAUACCUACAGCGCUCCCUACAAUAUAUUACCUACCGAUAUUCUCCCUACCGAUAUCCUUCCUACAGAUAUCCUGCCUACCGAUAAUCUACCUACAGCUGCUCUCCCCACGGUGCUACCGACAGAUAUCCUCCCCACCGAUAUCCUUCCCACGGAUAUUCUCCCUACAGCUGCUCUUCCCUACGGUGCUACCGACAGAUAUCCUCCCCACCGAUAUCCUUCCCACGGAUAUUCUCCCUACAGCUGCUCUUCCCACCGAUAUCCUACCCACCGAUAUUCUCCCUACAGCUGCUCUCCCUACGGUGCUACCGACAGAUAUCCUCCCCACCGAUAUCCUUCCCACGGAUAUUCUCCCUACAGCUGCUCUUCCCACCGAUAUCCUACCCACCGAUAUUCUCCCUACAGCUGCUCUUCCUACGGUGCUACCUACAGAUAUCCUACCUACCGAUAUUCUCCCUACAGUCGCAAUACCCACGGCGCUCCCUACCGAUAUCCUCCCCACCGACGUUGUCCCACCGAUGUUGUCCCUACCGACAUCCUUCCCACUGAUAUCCUACCCACCGAUAUUCUCCCUACAGCUGCUCUUCCUACGGUGCUACCUACAGAUAUCCUACCUACCGAUGUCCUCCCUACCGCGCUACCUACAGACAUCCCCCCCUACCGACAUUAUCCCUACAGUUGCAGUGCCUACGGUCCUCCCUACCGAUGUUGUCCCUACGGAUAUUGUCCCGACCGACAUUGUCCCGACCGAUAUUGUCCCUACGGAUAUCCUCCCUACCGCGCUACCUACAGACAUCCUCCCCACCGACAUCAUCCCUACAGUUGCAGUGCCCACGGUCGUCCCUACCGAUGUUGUCCCUACAGACAUCCUCCCUACCGACAUCAUCCCUACAGUAGCAGUUCCUACUGUCCUCCCUACCGAUGUCCUCCCUACCGAUGUCCUCCCUACCGAUGUCCUCCCUACCGAUGUCCUCCCUACCGAUGUCCUCCCUACCGAUGUCCUCCCUACCGAUGUCCUCCCUACCGAUAUUGUCCCUACAGUAGCAGUUCCUACUGUCCUCCCUACCGAUGUUGUCCCUACCGAUGUUGUCCCUACCGAUAUUGUCCCGACCGAUAUCCUCCCUACCGACAUCAUCCCUACAGUUACAGUGUCUAUGGUCCUUCCUACCGAUGUUGUCCCUACCGAUGUUGUCCCUACCGAUGUCCUCCCUACCGAUGUCCUCCCUACCGACAUCAUCCCUACAGUAGCAGUUCCUACUGUCCUCCCUACCGAUGUUGUCCCUACCGAUGUCCUCCCUACCGAUGUUGUCCCUACCGGUACCUACAGACAUCCUCCCCACCGACAUCAUCCCUACAGUUGCAGUGCCCACGGUCGUCCCUACCGAUGUCGUCCCUACCGAUGUUGUCCCUACGGAUAUCCUCCCUACCGACAUCAUCCCUACAGUAGCAGUUCCUACUGUCCUCCCUACCGAUAUUAUCCCAACAGAAUCCUCCCUACCGAUGUUCUCCCUACCGAUGGCCUCCCCACCGAUGUCCUCCCUACCGAUAUCCUCCCUACCGAGCUACCUACAGACAUCCUCCCCACCGACAUCAUCCCUACAGUUACAGUGUCUAUGGUCCUUCCUACCGAUGUUGUCCCUACCGAUGUUGUCCCUACCGAUGUCCUCCCUACCGAUGUCCUCCCUACCGACAUCAUCCCUACAGUAGCAGUUCCUACUGUCCUCCCUACCGAUGUUGUCCCUACCGAUGUCCUCCCUACCGAUGUUAUCCCUACAGACAUCCUCUCCACCGACAUCAUCCCUACAUUACAGUACAUCCUCACCACCGACAUCAUCCCUACAGUAGCAGUUCCUACUGUCCUCCCUACCGAUGUUAUCCCUACAGACAUCCUCACCACCGACAUCAUCCCUACAGUUAUAGUGCCUACGGUCGUCCCUACCGAUGUUGUCCCUACAGACAUCCUCCCCACCGACAUCAUCCCUACAGUUAUAGUGCCUACGGUCGUCCCUACCGAUGUCGUCCCCACCGAUGUUAUCUCUACAGACAUCCUCUCCACCGACAUCAUCCCUACAGUAGAUCCUACGUCCUCCCUACCGAUGUUCCCUACCGAUGUUAUCUCUACAGACAUCCUCACCACCGACAUCGUCCCCACAGUCGCAGUCCCCACAAUCCUGCCCACCGACACCCUCCCCACAAUCACACUCCUCCCGGCCCUACCCAUCUUAGGGGCAGCAACCACCGCGCCGAUCUCGACCCUGCUACCGUACAACUGCCCCGACGAAGCCUGCGUCAGUCUCGAAAUCUCCAUCCAGAACUCACUCAUCCAAGCCACGCUCGGCGGCACGGUCCAGCUCCUGCCCAGCGUGACGGCGACGGCGCCGAGCACCUUCGUCACGGUCACGGUGGCCGCAGUCUCCGCGACGCCGGUCGCGGUGACCCCGACCGGGUUCACCACGGUCGUGGUGACGAACGCGGUGGCGGUGAGCACGAGCGGUGGGGCGGUGGCGCUGGUCCCGGUGGUCAAUACCGUCGUUGCGGGCAUCGGUCUGUGA